AUGGAAGAGAAUGAAGAAGGUGUGAACGCCAUACCGGAAAUCAACAGUGAGACGUGUAUAACUACGGGAGGAGAUCAGCUGCACAGAGGCAGCAAUGCUAGCAACAAUAAUCCAAACAACACCAACAAGAAAAAGAAUAAAAAGCGCAGAUGUAAAACACAUAGAGGUGAUCAUAAUAAUAAUAGUGAUAAUAAUGAUAACAAUAAUAGUAACAGUGGCAGUACUAGUAGUGGUAGUAGUAUUAGUGGCAACAGUGAAAAUGUUGAGAAUCCCGAGACUUAUCUCAACAGUAAAAAUGCCCCUGAUGGCAAUCGUCCCCCGGUGUGUGUGGACGGCCCCUGGCGGGCGUUGGAGCUGCGGCUGACUGCCAGCGCCGUCGACUGGACGCACCCCGUCGCCCGCAACUCCCACGGCGCUGUUUUUUCCGGCCGCGACCCCACGGCUGGUGUGGAGGUCCUCAUCGGCGUGGAGGAGAGGAGGAGCACCGGAGAAGAGAAGGAACUGAAAGAAGAAGAAACGGAAAAAGAAGAAGAAAAAGAAGAAAAGGAGGUGCCGGUGUGGCUGCGGGAUUACUGCCCGGGCCCCGUCCGGCUGCUCAAGUCGUUUGAAGUGAGUGGAGGGGACGUGCGGCUUGUAGUGACAGUCGUGCACCGGCCGGGGGCGUUGGAGACUGAGGCUAUCUCAGCAGCAGGGGUAGAUGUACAUCAAGAAGAAGAAGAAGAAGAAAAACAGCAGCGACAAGAAGAAGAAAAACAGCAGCGACAAGAAGAAGAAAAACAGCAGCGACAUGAAGAAGAAAAACAGCAGCGACAAGAAGAAGAAAAGCAGCAGCAAGGAGAAGAAGAAAAACAGCAGCAAGGAGAAGAAGAAAAACAGCAGCAAGGAGAAGAGAAGCAUCAAGAAGGAGAAGAAAGUCAACAACAACAUCGUGUGCGUCGCGAGAAUUCAUGGGUUAUUGACGCCUAUAUAGUAAACAAGAAUGAUGUUAUUGGUAAAGGAAAGUUCGGUACAGUUUACCGUGGAGUACAUCAGAAAGAGGGCUAUGGGGUUGCUGUGAAAGUGCUUAGAGGACCACCAGGAAAGAAAGAGAAACUCCUAACAGAGGCGAGGGAACUUAACCGCUUGCAGAUGCUUGAGCAUCCAAACAUCAUUAGACUAUUUGGCGUCUACCGAAAACUUUCAAAGAAUGAGAUUGCAUUAGUACACGUCUUGGAACUUUGUAAAGGAGGAGAUUUAAAGGAAUUUCUCGCUCGACAUGAUCCAUUAACGGAACGGCAAGCGAGACACAUUAUGCGUCAACUCGUAGACUGUCUUUGUGCGUUAAAGGAGAAUCACACCAUGCAUCGUGACUUAAAACCAGCAAAUAUUCUUCUUACUAGCUCUAACAUUGAUGAAGCCAUUGUAAAGGUAGCUGAUUGGGGAAUGGCCAAAAGCAGUGACUGCAGUGAUGCCGCUGGAUCUGCACAAACUGGUGGUAAUGUCGCUAAUAUCAUGUUUGAAUCUGCUGUUGGUACAGUUGCAUACAUGUCACCAGAACGUCUUGUUCGUGAUUUUUACGAUUUCCAAGCUGAAGUCUGGGCGGCUGGUGUUAUUAUGUAUGAAUUAUUAUUUGCCAGACAUCCAUAUUUACACUCCACCUCUCCUGUACGCACACCGGAAGAGCUUUUGAACGCUAUUACACGUGCAGAAGAACUAGAGAUGACAGGGAAACUUCGUCACUCCGCUUCUGGAGUAGAUGAUGAGAGUAAAGGCGAUGGACAACCGUCGAAGACGGAGAAAUUAUCACUUUCUCAACAUUGUUAUACUCUACUGCGAAGAAUGCUAGAUCCAAAUGCCAAAACCCGGUUUACGAUUGAACAGGUGCGACAGCACCCAUGGUUCUCUCUUCAGGAGACAAUGGAAACAACAACAGAGAUGAAAAAUGCAGAUACAUCAGGUGAGUUAAAAUAUACCAAAAAACAAGAAACAUCAACUGGAGCAAUGACCGCAGCAACAACAAUAACUACUACAACGACUACAACAACAACAACAACAGCAAUGGGAGGUUUAACAUCUGAACCAAUAGCAAACCCUGUUGGUUCCAUACAACUCCAAACUGCUGAUGAUGAUACCGAUAAUGGUAAUGCCCUUAAUUUGAGUAGAAAUUGGGGAAUUUCACAGCGUCAACAGGCUAUUUAUCAAGCUGUUCGAGAUCAUAUGCAUGUUUUACGUCAUGAUGUUAUUGAGGCAGAAGUGGAUCCUGGUCGUCGACUUGUACUUCUUUCAUACGCAUGGGAACUUCUUCGUGCUGCAGUGUAUGCAGCGAUAUUAAAGGAAUAUCCUGGUGGUGGUGUUGGAAUUGGAAGUUCUAUUGAAAAUACAACCAUGACGGAUACUUUAUUCAACAUGUCAUCCAAUGCACGUUUUGCAUUUCGACUUAUUCCUGAAGACAUUAGACAAAUGGAAACGUAUAUUCAAGAAACCGCAGAACGUGUAAAACGUAAUCUUCCAGAUUUAAUACAGAGAGGAUUACUUGGGGCACCUCACAUGGCCUUCUCUACAACAAGUUUGUCAGGAGGUGAUGAGACUGUGGGGUCCUCUAUUUGCCCAUCACCGCGUCUUUCAAAGACAAGAUAUCCAAGUGCGCAAUCACUACUCUUUACACGUGCACUCGCUCUCAUUCGUACGGCAACGACGGAAGAGAUGAUCCUUAGCGCUAAUGAAGAACAUGAUAAUUAUAUGGAAGACGAAGAAAUAGUUUACCUACAAGGUGGACGUUCCCGUCGUCAACAUACAUACGAACAAGCUAUGUCUAUAUUGCGUUUGCUUUUACAACAAAUUGUGGUUCGCCGCGGUGCGUUUUCAGUUCCUUCUUUAACUUCUACAGUUCCCAACACUACUGGAGGGGGAGUGACGGACACGCAGGACUACGGCACUCUGCAAGUUCUCACUGUCCCGCUUUUGCCACCCAUAGAGAUAGCUGAUCAACGCACUGUGCAGGCUUUACUACACAAGGUAGAGAAGUACUACCGCCGCCUCCUUAACGUUAGGUAA